UCAGUCACCUCUGAGUUUUAUAUAAUAUAUAGAUAGAUUAAUUUAUAAAAUCAAUAAGUUCAUCAGGGCCAAUAAAAUUCUCAGCAGACACACUUAAAAGAGUAUUUUUUUAUUGUUUCACUUUGGCCAUAAUUACAGUUAAGUAGCUACGCAACAAAGUUGGCAUUGCAUCGAAUGCCAUCAAAAGAUCUUUAAUUUAUCGACAUCUCACAACGCGCAACACUAAAACCGGAGUUUACAAACAAAUCAAAAAACAGCCCGCGAUAAGAAUUCAAAUACAUCCUUGAUUCCUAUCGUUCGCACAUUUGAACUCAUUCAUUCACGCAAGCAAUGUCACAGUAGCCAAUAGUGAUGUUUUAUUCAAUUAUCAUACCUGUGAUUUUCUGUAUCAGUGUCAUAUCCUGUUCUUAUUUCGAAGGGGAUAACGAAAGUUCAAAAACCAAAUUGGAUCAUACCGGAAUAUUGAACAAAGGCAUUUGGAUAAACAACAGCCCAAAAGAAGAUUUAUACGAAAAGACAACAGGAGAUUUCAUCUUCAGACCCAACUCUUUAGAUGUGGACAAUCAAUUACAGAAUAACUUCGAUGCAUUUGCUGAGAGCGUUAUGCAGAGUGGUCCCAUUUUAUCUGGUUACGUCGAGAGGAACAAAAGAUCCAGUGAUUUUGAAAGAAAAAGUCUUCUUAAUAAUAAUCUGAGUUGCAACGGUGACAAAAAAUGCACACAAAUGAAAAAACAAAACGACAAAUCUUCACUGAUCAAAUCUAAAAUGAUAUCUGUACUAAAACCGGCUUCUGUCUUCAAUGAUUACCCUUACGAAGUUGCUGUCAUGUUAGGAGAUAACAAAGCUGAUACUCCGAAAACCAUUAGAAAAAUUAAGGAAAUUGAAGACCCUUCUAAGCUUGUUAUAGCAUUGAACGAAAGUAAAAAUCAAUUACAAGACAAAGCCGAUCCAAGUACAGACUCACAGGUACGAAAUAGCAUCAAAUAUAACAAUACAAAUAAUACCAGCAGUACACCUAAAAGAAGUAUGAAGAAUGACUAUGAAACUGAAAUCAUCAAAAAGAUAGAGUACACUGAAGAAAUCGAUAAGUUCAAUGAAAGUAUUAAUAAGAGUAAAGUAGAUAGAAAUGUGUUUGCUAAUCAAGAAAGAGAUUGGUACCAGAACAGUUCUCCACUCAACAUUAGACACGAAGCUAGUUCUUACAAUGUAGAACCACAUAAAAACAAGCCCGUGAAUGAGAGAGGGCUUAUCAAAGUGCUUUCAAUGUUGACGAAAACUUUUAAAAAGAUAAUGAAACAACACAAUGAUAUAAGGAAGAUACACGCAAAACUCAGUAACCUUAACGUUGAAAUUAUGAAAAAUAUAACGGACUUCACCAAAAAAACUGCAGAUAUUGAAGAGAAAUAUUUAUUUAUUCUUGGCGUAGCUAAGAAAAUUAAAGAAUUCAAAUCAAAAAUGGAUCUUAAGGAAGAAUACUUCAAAGUCAAAGAUAGAGAAAUGUCUAACAAUUUGGUUGAGUUCGAAAAUCAACAAAAGAAAUUUUUGAUGCAGCAACGUCAGUUUUACAACAUACAGAAAAUAAUGCUAGCACAAAACGAGAAGAUAAACUUAAAACAAAAUUUGAUUGCUAAAACUCAAAGUGAAAUAUCUCACAGGCAGUAUAACUUCGUUCGUAUAUUAAAGAAAGCUAAGCAAAUUUACAUUGAUAACAAAUAUUCAAAUCCUAUCAAGCCUUUAACAAGUACAUUGAAACCAAAUAGUGAUUUCCCACCUACAGAAUCUCCUAAUAAAAUAACUCAUACGACUACUCAAGAUCCUUAUACAACUGAAUCAAUAAAAAUCAACCUUUUUUCAAUACCAGCUUUUGACAAAUUAGUGAACCAAGAUAAAUUGAUUUUAAAAGAUAAAGAUGAACAAUCUGUAGACGAUUUAGUUUACAAAUACUACUUUAACAACACUUUUAUAGACAACCUCAUGAAAGAUAAAAUACUUUCCAAUUUUAUGAUUACGGGUGAAAACACAGAGAUUACUAGAAACACAAAGAAUAAAAGAGACGAAGAAAUAGUUGAGAAUACUUUACUGUUACCUGUGAAAAAGGAAGAAAUCAAAGGUUUCGAAGGAAAGUUGCACAGAGAAAAGCGAUGGAUUCGACAUGCUCAAUCGAAAUCGAAGUUGAAACGUAAAUCACGUGGGAAAGAACAUAACGAAAACGAAGAUAUGAAAGACGAAAAACCUUUGAAACAGAAAAAUCAAGAAGUUACAACUACCAUAGCGGAUAUUAACAAAGUCAUUUCAAAUAAAAUUAAAGAAAAGAAUGAUCCUUUCGUCGUCAUGGCUAAGAGUUUUUGCAAUGAGAUUGGACACAAUAAAAAUGACCAAGCCCUGCAUUGGUGUGUAGAAAAGGCUUUAAGAAGAUUACAACACAUAGAUACGAUAAUGCCCAUUGCAGCCCAGUUACCGACUGGUGGGAAUGAAGUCAAAUCCACAGUGAUUCCUUUAACCAAAGAAUCGAAAAAAAUCAGCACGUCUAAUAACAUCCAGAGUGCUACGUAUAAAGUUCUAGGUCCGUCUACACUGUCGUCAGUUGUACCGAUUACGACAUCGUCUAUCGUAACACCUGGUAGACCUGGUCCCGAGUCUACGUCUAACGUCUAUUUUCCAGAUAAUGACGAAUUAGAACUGAAUCUUAAAGAAUUCGAAUUAAAACCGGACACGGAAGGCACGGUGUAUUACGACGGAAGCGUUCAUACCAGCGGUAUAGUUUCCGAUGAUGAAGGCAUGUCUGACAUCAUGCCUGGGUUGGAGAGCAACUCCAGGGUGGAAAUGGACCCGCUGACUUUCGACCUUAAGGCAAUGAGGAGGGACCCCCUGCACAGAUUAGCCGAACUGCAGGGACUUGCUUACGGAUAAAUCAAAAAUUCACACAGA